UCUCAUCGCUUCAUGUCUUGGAUGAAGACAUCCAUUUGAUUGUCACUUAUUGUCCACUUAUUGGCCGCCAUUUGUUUCAUGUCUUUGUCGGCGACACACAUAUCAUGUCUCUGUUCAAGAAGUCUAACCGCAAAUCGCACCAGAAAUCCAACCAAAGGACCAGAUGUGAUGACUCGGACGAAGACAACAAGCAUUCAAGUGGUCCUCAUUUGAGUCGAUUUGAAGACAAUUUGAAAAUUAGUACUAAAUUAGAGUUAAAUAAUGAAAACUCAAACAAAUCUAACGAUAAGUUUGACAGAGAUUUGGACAUUAAGUCCGAAACUAAAGCCAAAGUCAAAGACAUUCCUAAAAUCAGUUUCUUUGACGACGAAGAAGAAGAGUGCGAUGUCUUCAAAGUGAAGAAGUCUUCAUAUAGUCGUCGAAUGGCUAAUCAAAAGGACAAUCAGAAGAAGAAAAAGGAUCCCAAGAAAGAGAAGGUAAAGCCUAUUGAAGAGGACAACGAAAAUGGGAACAGAAAUCGCGACGAUUUAAACGUGAUUUGGAUUAAGUCUAAAGAGUUUAAAGAAGAGAAGAGUUCUCCAAAAGAGGAGAUAAAGAUCUUCGCCGGCGAUCAGAUCGAGUCCGACAGUGAAUAUGAAGACGAAGAGCCCGAAGAGUAUAAGAGUAACGAACCGUACCAUCACUUCAGAGGAGCGCUGGAAAGGGGUGUCAUU